GUCCAACUACCGAAUUACAUCCAACCAGACCUUAAGACCAUUCAUUAUAAUGAAAUUUCUAUGAAACCUACUGUUGUUGAAUCUGUGUCGCAUCAAGCAUUCAUCACUCAAAAUAUUAUCAAAUCAUCCCCAAUAAUGAAAAGAUACUCAGCAAAUUAUUCAAAAUCCUAUAAUAAAACUCCAUUCAAAGAGCUCAUUAAAGGAUAUUCCCUCAAGAUUGAAAAAAACUCCAUGGACAUGACAUUAUUAAAAAAAGAUGCAGAAAUUAUCACAAACAUGGCAUGGAUGAAAUUAAAAGAAACUUACAG